AAAUCUCGGUGGAGGGCUCCGGAAAGCCGGGAGAUUACCAGGCGGGGACGCGCGGUUGCCCAGGGUGCAGGCGGAGGAGCUCGACCCGGAACUGACCGCUGCGAGAAAGAUCGACCCCAGCUCGGGAUUCGCGGCCCGGAGCUGGGGACCGGCUGCCCCUGAUACUGGCUUACGGGUUGUUGGGAGGAAGACCACAGAGGUGGAUUGCCAUUUUCAUCACUUCACAUCAAGGGAACAUGCUUUAUGACUUGAUGCUAGUCUUGAUUACUUGGCUGAGGAGGAGAAGUCCCAGCCGGUGAACAGGGGCCCCUCUGAGCUCGGGAUACCAUGGCCACGUCGGCACCGCUGCGGAGUCUGGAAGAGGAGGUGACCUGCUCCAUCUGCCUCGAUUACCUGCGGGACCCAGUGACCAUUGACUGUGGCCACGUCUUCUGCCGCAGCUGUACCACUGACAUCCGCCCCAUCUCAGGGGGCCGCCCUGCCUGCCCCCUGUGCAAGAAGCCUUUUAAGAAGGAGAAUAUCCGGCCGGUGUGGCAGCUGGCCAGCCUGGUGGAGAACAUUGAGCGGCUGAAGGUGGACGGGGGCCGGCAGCCGGGGGAGGCGGCCCAGGAGCAGGUGGACGCGAGGCUGUGCGAGCGGCACCAGGAGAAGCUGCAUUACUUCUGCGAGGACGACGGCAAGCUGCUGUGCGUCAUGUGCCGGGAGUCCCGCGAGCACAGGCCGCACUCGGCCGUCCUGGUGGAGAAGGCGGCCCAGCCCCACAGGGAAAAAAUCCUGAACCACCUGAGUAUCCUAAGGAGAGACAGAGACAAAAUUCAGGGCUUUCAGGCCAAGGGCGAAGCUGAUAUCCUGGCUGCGCUGAAGAAGCUCCAGGACCAGAGGCAGUGCAUCGUGGCUGAGUUUGAGCAGGGCCACCAGUUCCUGAGGGAGCGGGAGCAGCACCUGCUGGGCCAGCUGGCGAAGCUGGAGCAGGAGCUCACAGAGGGCAGGGAGAAGUUCAAGACCAGGGGCGUCGGGGAGCUUGCCCGGCUGGCGCAGGUCAUCUCCGAGCUGGAGGGCAAGGUGCAGCAGCCGGCUGCGGAGCUCAUGCAGGACACCAGAGACUUCUUAAACAGGUAUCCACGGAAGAAGUUCUGGAUUGGGAAACCCAUUGCUCGAGUAGUUAAAAAAAAGACAGGAGAGUUCUCAGAUAAACUUCAGUCUCUGCAGCGAGGCCUGCGAGAAUUCCAGGGGAAGCUGCUGAGAGACUUAGAAUAUAAGACCGUGAGCGUCACCCUUGACCCACAGUCGGCCAGCGGGUACCUGCAGCUGUCGGAGGACUGGAAGUGCGUGACCUACAGCGGCCUGUACCAGGGCGCGUACCUGUACCCCCAGCAGUUUGACUGUGAGCCGGGGGUGCUGGGCAGCAAGGGCUUCACCUGGGGCAAGGUCUACUGGGAGGUGGAGGUGGAGAGGGAGGGCUGGUCCGAGGAUGAAGACGAGGGGGACGAGGUGGAAGAAGGGGAGGAGGAGGAGGAGGAAGAGGAGGCAGGCUACCGGGACGGAUACGACGACUGGGAGACGGACGAGGAUGAGGAGUCGCUGGGGGAUGAAGAGGAAGAAGCGGAGGAGGAGGAGGAGGAGGAGGAAGUUCUGGAAAGCUGUUUGGUGGGGGUGGCCAGAGACUCGGUGAAGAGGAAGGGAGACCUCUCCCUGCGGCCGGAGGACGGAGUGUGGGCGCUGCGCCUCUCCUCCGCCGGCAUCUGGGCCAACACCAGCCCCGAGGCUGAGCUCUUCCCAGCGCUGCGGCCCCGGAGAGUGGGCAUCGCCCUGGAUUACGAAGGGGGCACCGUGACUUUCACCAACGCGGAGUCACAAGAACUCAUCUACACCUUCACUGCCACCUUUACCCGGCGCCUGCUCCCCUUCCUGUGGCUCAAGUGGCCAGGAACACGCCUCCUGCUGAGACCCUGAGCCCCAGCUCCCGGCCCCACACCCACUGACGCUUCUCUUCUCUGGAACCCUGGGCUCUGUGGCAGGAGAGGCGGUGUCUGGCCAGAGUACCUGGAGUAGGCGAGGGAAGGGGCCGCGUGUCCGCUGCCGUUCCCUCCCCUUGGCUGUGGUCCCUUCGGGCCCUCUUUCAGCGCUCCUCCAUCCAUCCUGCCCUGGGGCCCUUCUCCCUGCCCCUGGGGUUCCUGUGCUGACCUCUGACCCUGAAGUCCACGAGGGCUCCUCCCUCCUCCUCCCCACUGCCUUUGACCCAGCUCUGCCCUCCCUCUCCGCAAAUGGCAUCCCGUACCAGCAGUUCUUGGGAAAGACCAGAUGACUGUUACCCCCAGGCCAUUUUAUGGCCCUCCAACCCCAUGGCUUCCCCUUUGCCCAAAUCCCCUUCUGCGGCCUACCUCCGCAGCACUUUGAGCACGCGUACCGCCACCCCAACUCAGAGUUAAAUGUACAUGAAAAUGUCACAGGUCAGUUAAGCCGCCUGGAGUGCAAGUAGAAAGCAUCUCCUUGUAAGGUACAGGGCAGAGUCCAUGCUUCUCUGAGACCAGGGCUGAGGUUUCCAUCACUAGGAGGCGGGGCUCCCUGAAGCCACCUGUGACGUAUCUAGAUACAUACGUCUUUGGGGGUAACAGUUGUGGUCAGUGGUCAGUAAAUUACCUCUGUGAGUUGGUCCUUGUGAGGAGAGUCUCUAAAAGAAUCCAGAAUAUCCUGCUCUUGGUCAGUUCAUAUAGAAGCACCGAGGCAAGUAUUCAGUCAAACAAAACCUCCCCUGCCUUGGAGGCCCUGGUGGGUGCUACAGCAGGAUAUUAAGCUUCUGUCACUAGCUUUCCUCGACAUCCAGAUUUUCCUAGGAGUGAGGCUGUGAGAAGGGCAACAAGGGUCCCCCACAACCCCCCAGGUCUGCCUGUCAAGGGAGGGAUCAGAGCAUAUCCUCGUUGCCCAUGGGCCCAGCCCCCAGUCCCAGCCUCUGUCCAGGCUCCGCUCAGGCCCACAGUUUAGCACAAGCUCGUGCUCCAGCCGGAUUACCUCGCAGCCUUUAUUCUUAUCCAUUCCAGGCAUUCUGCCAGUCUCCCGCUGACUAAUUUUAACCCCUCCCCUGCUCUAGGAGACUGUUCCCAGCUGCUGUGGAUCUCGGGGUCUCUUAGCUGCCUCAUUGUCUGAAGUUGCGCUCUGUAUAUUUCACAUGCUGCCUGAGUCACGUGUACAUUUGGUUCUGCCUCUGGUUUUGUAAGCUCAUCGAGGACGGAUGCCAUGUCUUCUACUUCUCCUGUAUUCUCCAUGACACCUAGUUCAGUGCUGCGCACAGAGUAGGUGCUCAAUAAAAACUUGUUGAAUGAACA